AUGGAAAAAUACAUAGUUUUGCAGAAGAUAGGCAGCGGACAUUACGGGCACGUGUACUGGGUCAAGUGCCGGGAGACUGGCGACAAUUACGCCUUGAAAUGUCAUCAGAACAACGCGGACGACAACGGCGUUUCCGAGUCCACUGUGAGAGAAUUAUCAUGCCUUUCGGCUUUAAGAGGUCAUCCGAACAUCGUGGAGAUGCUUGACUGUUUCCUGUACAAUGGGCAAAUAUCGUCACUGAUGCCAUAUCUUCCCUUGACGUUGUUUGACGUGAUGUACCGAACGUGGCGCGGUCUGAGUGUACUACCUAUACCUUACAUUGCACGUUCCUCUCUUGAGAUAGCGAAUGCGCUGUCUUACAUGCACGGACUAAACAUGGUACACAGAGACCUCAAGCCCGAGAACGUGUUACUCACCGCGGACACGCUCACCGUGAAAGUGGCAGAUAUGGGACUGUCCAGGUACGCCAUUGCCAAAGGCAUGAGUUCCACCGUUGUGACCGAGCCAUACAGAGCCCCAGAAUUGUUCGUCAACGGUUGCAUCGUGCCUUACACUUGUGCUGUGGACAUGUGGAGUUUGGGUGUGAUGAUAGUAGACGCCAUGGAGGCGAAGGUGGCAUUUUACGACCCCAAGAUCCCUACGGACAAAUUCAUUGCGGCCGCUUUAGACCCUGAACUGAGCGAGAGCGACAACUACCCCAGCCGCAAAACCGUGAUGCCUAAUGUCAUGCGGCACAAACGUGUCAGCAGAAUUGUGUUUAAACUGCUGCAGAUGGAUCCUAAGAAGAGACUCACCGCACGAUCGUUACUGGCCGAUGGUCAGUGGAGAAAGGGUUCCCGUGUCACUCCAGACAUCAUAAGUUAUGUAAAACAAUGCGUUGUCAAUGCUAGAUGGGACAAGUGA